CGUCCUUAAAUGUUGAAGUUGAUUAAAGCAUUUUAAAAAUUGGCAACCACACCAGAUUUGAAACUGAAUGUAUCAGGAAGAGACUGUGGAAAUGGAUACUUUACCCUUGAAAGCGUUAUGUUUGCUAGUAAUAGUGAUUGGUGUUUCCUCGUCCGGAUCGACAAUGAUGGAGGAGUCGAAGUUGAAGGUGUUAAGCAGCAAAUUUAAGUAUCAUAAUCAUGCACACAGGCGAAAUUUGCUUGACAAUGGACUUGCAAGCACUCCUGCCAUGGGGUGGAAUAGUUGGAAUCACUACUGGUGCAGUGUUAAUGAGACUAUCAUCAAAGAAGCAGCUGAUGCUAUUGUCUCCAGUGGGCUAGCCAAGCUUGGAUAUAAAUAUGUUAACAUAGAUGAUUGUUGGGGUGAACAAGAUCGUGAUAGCAAGGGAAAUUUAGUGGCUAAAAAUACUACAUUUCCAUCUGGUAUUAAAGCUCUGGCAGACUAUGUUCACUCCAAGGGGCUUAAGCUCGGAAUAUACUCAAGUGCAGGGACUUAUACUUGUAGCAAGCAAAUGCCUGGUUCACUGGGUUAUGAGGACCAAGAUGCUAAGGCCUUUGCCUCAUGGGGUGUUGAUUAUUUGAAGUAUGAUAAUUGUUACAAUGAUGGAACAGAGCCAACGGUCAGAUACCCUGCAAUGACUCGAGCAUUGAUGAAUGCCGGACGCCCUAUCUACUACUCUUUAUGUGAAUGGGGAGAUCGGCACCCUGCUACAUGGGGUGCUAUAGUUGGAAAUAGCUGGAGAACUACUGGUGAUAUUACGGAUUCAUGGGAUAGCAUGGUCACAAGAAUAGACUUGAAUGAAGCUUAUGCUGAGUAUGCAAGGCCUGGUGGUUGGAAUGAUCCUGACAUGCUUGAUAUUGGAAAUGGAGGGAUGACAAAAGAUGAAUAUAUUGUGCACUUCAGUUUAUGGUCCAUUUCCAAGGCUCCCCUUCUCCUCGGAUGUGAUCUGACAAGUAUGACUGCAGAUACAUUAGAAAUCAUUGGAAAUAAAGAGGUCAUUGCUAUUAAUCAAGAUCCGCUUGGGAUUCAAGCAAAGAAGGUUAGGUGGAUGGGUGAUCAAGAGGUUUGGGCAGCUCCCAUUUCAGGCUACAGGUUUGCUGUAGUGCUGGUGAACAGAGGUCCUUGGCGUUACGCCACCACCGCCACAUGGGAAGACAUUGGAAUUCCUGAGGGUACUGUUAUUGAAGCUAGAGAUCUGUGGGAGCACAAGAACUUGCCAAUGCAAUUUGUAAGCAACAUUACAGCUAUGGUGCCUUCUCAUGGGUGCAAGAUGUAUCUGUUGAAUCCUGUUGGCUGAGAGAUCUCUUCCGAAUUCAGAUGCUCUAGACAUAUUAUGAUUUGUAAUUGGUCUCUUCUAGUUUUGAAAUUAGUAAUAGGUAGUGACUUUUUUUUGUUAAUUUAUUUUCUGGAAAUUAAUUGUUAAUGAAAAU